AUGUCUGCUAUUCCGGCUCUUUCGACUGGGUCUCCGAACCCUCGUCGCACACCCGCUUCCAACAAGCCUUUGAACGAGGAAAACAUCAAGGUUGGCAAAGAGGAUACCUCUACUGCCAAUCAGGAACCGGAUGUCUCCAUGUCUCAGAAGAAGUCGGUCUCUGCUCUCUCGACCUCUUCCUUAGCCAACCAGAGCUAUCCUAAGAAGAUGAAGCUUAGUCACGACUCCUCAUCAGGUCCUUCUAGCUCUCCUGAUCCCAUGGACCACCUACUGGAGAAGCUCUCCCAACAGCAAACUGCACUCCACAAACAGGGAGAUGCUUUGAAGACCUCUGAAGGGAACUGUAUGUACCCUCCUGCCCUGGACCAUGCACCCUCGAGCAACUCGGUACCAAUUACACCUGCGAAUGAGAACUUCGGUAGCACAGGCCCGACCACUCGGCCGGCCAGUGCGGCUUUGAAUGAUGGGAGUCCCAGCGACGAGGAGGUCCUUCGCUUGAAGCUGCAACUUGCCCAAGCUCAGAACAAAAUCACUCGACUCGACCACGAGCUUGCUCAGAGCCGCCACACCCGACCCGGACUAGAGCAUGCCAUGGGUGGCUCUCCGCUAGAUGCAGAUUUCCCUUCUGGAUUCCAGGUUCCUCCUCCUAACCCAUCGCGAGUCCCGGGUCCUACGACCCUUGGUGUUAGCACUCAGCAGGCAAUUGGCAGGGAAGGUGGUCAUUCCUGGUCUACUUUUGAUGACUCUCGGUCGGAUACCAGUGAUGCCUUAUCAGCUACGGGCUUCAACCGCUCUCGUAACAUCUGGGGGCCAAGCAAGAGUGCUCAAGGCUCUUUCCAGGGCGGUUUCCCAGGACCCGAUUUACACCAGAACAACCAAUGGAGUGGACGUGGUGCUAGUCAGGGGUACAUGGAUCAUAGCCUGACCUAUGAGCCCGCGGCUUCUGGUGGCUAUCGUGGAGAUCGCUUGACGCCGGAUUAUGACAUGACAAUUCGACCCGCCGGCAACCGACGGAACAACCGAAUUGAUAAUCGCCUUGGAAUGCCCGCUUUUAGUGCACAGUCAGGAUUCGGAGGUGGUUACAACUACGGUAGUGGUCAGUACGGAUCUGAUCAUGGCAUGCCUGGACCGACCCCGGCUCCGACUGGUUCGGGAAUUUACUCUACCUAUCAGCCUACCGCUGUCGGUACACCGCUUUCGCCCCUGGCGAGUGAGUUCACGUCAGUUACGGGUAGUGCACCUUGGAAGUCGGAGCCCGGAGCUUCUGAAGGCCAGACCUAUCUACCCACUACGGAACCUCUGAACUACCGCCGCCUACUUGAUCGCAAUGUCAACUGCAAUUGGAAGUACAUCGUUGAUAAGAUUGUCUGCAACAAUGACCAGCAAGCGUCGAUUUUCUUGCAGCAGAAACUCAAGGUCGGAACGCCAGACCAGAAGUAUGAGAUAGUAGAAGCAAUUGUUGCCCAGGCUUACCCACUGAUGGUUAAUCGCUUUGGCAACUUCUUGGUACAACGAUGCUUCGAGCAUGGAACCCCGGAGCAGGUGGUCAAGAUUGCAGAGGCCAUUAGAGGAUGCACACUCAACCUCUCAAUGGACCCAUUCGGCUGCCAUGUAGUCCAGAAGGCGUUUGAUUCCGUCCCGGAAGAUUACAAAGCCAUUAUGGUCCACGAAUUACUCCGACGCAUCCCGGAGACUGUUAUCCAUCGAUAUGCAUGCCACGUCUGGCAGAAGCUCUUCGAGCUGAGAUGGACCGAGUCCCCACCUCAAAUCAUGAAGUACGUGAACGAUGCGCUCCACGGCAUGUGGCACGAGGUUGCUCUUGGAGAGACGGGAAGCCUGGUCGUCCAGAAUAUCUUCGAGAAUUGCCUCGAAGAGGACAAGCGUCCUUGCAUUGAGGAGGUCCUCGCCAACAUCGAUAUUGUUGCUCAUGGCCAGUUUGGAAACUGGUGCAUCCAGCACAUCUGUGAGCAUGGCGCGCCAGCUGACCGAAGCAGAGCAAUUGACCACGUCAUUCGCUACGCAGCAGAGUACAGUAUGGACCAGUAUGCUUCCAAGGUAGUUGAGAAGUGCCUGAAGAUCGGCGGAGCUGAUUUCCUGGCACGAUACCUUGACCGAGUCUGCGAAGGCCGCGUAGACCGUCCCCGAAUCCCUUUGAUUGAUAUUGCUAGCGACCAGUAUGGCAACUAUCUCAUUCAGUGGAUAUUGACUCAUGCCUCCCCUCAACACCGCGAGAUCGUUGCCGCGCAUAUUAGAAAGCACAUGGUGUCUCUCCGUGGAUCCAAAUUUGGAUCUCGUGUCGGAAUGCUCUGCACUAACCCGGCUGUGGCCACUCGACCGGGACCUGGUGUUAGUACUGGCUUAGGACGCAUGCCCACGGGUCCUCGAUACAAUGGCCGUGCUUACCAAUAA